AUGUCUUUCGUGCCCCACUACAGCAAUAGCUCUGCGAAUCGAGCCUUGACGCAUCCGUCACUCCAUCUCCGGGACGCCCAUGACGCUCAAGUUAUUUUGGAAGCUGUCAGGAGAAACAUAUUACCACUUAUCAAACGGCGGCUUGUGGCUUCCGAAAGGGACCAACUGACUGCGGGGAACGUUUUCGUCUGGGAGGAAGCGGAAGAUGAGGGUGGCUUGCUUCGGUGGACGGAUGGACGGCGAUGGUCACAAAGUCGCAUGCGUGGCGACUACUUAUUUUACGAAGAAAAGGUGGAAACGACUCAAGAAGAACGAGACGCGAAGGCCGCGCGAAGAGCCCGGAGAGCCACAGAUCCGACUGCAGUCAUACCCCCUCCUACAAGACGGAAGGAUCGUCCCUCGAAGCCGAAUGGACUAACGAAGCAGACCUAUUCCGCUCUAGUCUAUCUUCCCGGCGCUAAAGAAGGGCGUAAAUGGCACGUCGUUGCAUAUUUCUCGGGAAACGACUAUUCUUCGCUCCCAGUCAUUGAAAACUACGAGAAUCUCCGUCGCAUUCAAGUUCCGAAGGGCGUUAUAAUGACGACUAAGACUGUGCCUCUGAGAACGGAUCGAUUCUCAUAUUAUUCCGACGACACCGAAGCUAACGACCAGGCAGGGCCUUCGAGGCACUCCGAUUAUGGCACUCAAAGCCCAGCUUCCCCGUCGACACCUUCAACGAUGUCCUUCACCUUUACUAUGGGAUAUCCUAGUCGUUCUCACACCCAUGAAAGAACAUCUUCUUCGUCCAGCCGUGGGGCUGUAGCCACAGUUCCAACAUCGUACACACCCUUAUCGUCAGAGGAUCGCCGAGUGUUGGACAAGUUUCGAAUUAGUUUAUGA